UAAGAUGACGUACUAAUAAUUUAAGUGCUGAAAACGUCCUUAAGAUGUAAGUUAAUUGAUCCUGUAUCUUGAAGGGUUUCGUUUAUUUGUGAGAUGCACACAGACAUGAUUGUUAUGGAUGCGUUUACACACGGAAUGCAUAAAUUGUAUGUAUUUUGGAAGUUGUAGUGACUAAAGAAGAUGGGGACCGCGGCAUCCAAAAAUCAAAGAUCUACGGUCGUUUCAAAUUGUCAGCAGCCGACCAGAUUAUUAAACCACCGAGCACAAGUUCGUCGAGCCAGUCGGCGGGAAUCGGAAGAACCAGAAUACGUUCUUCUGCCGGGAAUAAAGAACGAGAAAUUUUAUGCCAAUCUCCAUACUCCGCUAAACUUGGAACUCCUCGGGGAUGUGCCAACGUCGUCUUCAACCGCGCCUGGGUUAAAUUCAAAUGCUAUCCUCGAUGGCAUACCGGCUAAAGAUCGAGCAGGGAUUGAUACUUCCUCUUCCGAGUCAACAUCGUCCAUUUCGAGUACGAAGAGCGUCACGGAGGAACUGGACGCUCUCCGGACCGAACUAGAUCAGGUGUUGGUGGGGCACUACUACGCGAACAACAAACCUGCAGGUGGUGUGCUCCGUACUGCAGAGAUCGCUUCCCUUGAGAGGCAUAACCAGCUGCAGCCUCUACCGCAAGACUACAAGCCUGUUAUCAGGGACACGACCAAAGAUGGCCAUAGUGAUAGCGACUGGGUACGGCCUGUUGACCUGGUGAGACAGGAGAGAGAUCUCGCGGACAGGAAGCUGGAGAGAGAAGUGAGGUCCUUCGAACAGGAUACAAAGGAAGAGGAGAAGAAAGAAGAAACACAAUCGUCGGUAAUUGUGUUUGACAUGGAAGACGAUCAGGAUCGGGGAGACUUUGACGUUCAAAAAUUUCAAGCAGUCAACGUCCCGAAGCAAGAACCUAUUACAGAAGGGGUAGACAUCUUCAGUCAGACAACCUAUAAGAACUAUUCAUCAACUAAGAAGAAACAGGUCAUAUCGGAUGCCAGUAGUGUCAACCCAAGGAUCUCGGAAAUUGCGGAGACAUCAACAAAACAAAUUUACGACCCAUCGGAAGAGGAACUACUCAGGAGUAUAGAGCAGGAUUUAAUCUGAACAUCAGAAUGCCGAGACGGCGCAUUAUUCACACCAUCCCAAGCACAGAUAAUGUUUAUUCUAGCCAUAGAAAUGGAAGAACUGAAAUUAUUUUAUUAUGUUACAUUGUUGUUUUAAAAUUUGUAACAGUGAUAGGUGAUGCUGACCUUUAUCAUUAAAGAAAUUUAUUUUUCCUAAAUUCAGUCACAAAUUCAAGCAUAAAGAAUGUGUGUAAUAUAUUUGAGGUGUAAAUACAGG